AUGUGGCUAAUGGGCGCGCUGUCAAUACUGUGCGCGGUGUCAAACGCAGCGUCGGAGUGGCACUGUCCGGAACUGAGUGCGCGGCCCUCCGCAGAAUGCUCCUGUGACCUACCGCACACGCUGCGCUGCGCUGGCGAUCACACAGCUUUACAGAUAAUCGGCCGUCAUCUUCGCGAACAAAGAGCAAGGAACAAGAACAGUGCCGUGUCUUUACUGGACUGUGCCCUCCGGGGCGUGACGUCACUAUCAUCGGCGUCAAUAGCUGAACUGUCAGGUGUCGGUCUUCACGGACUAGUCAUAUCAUCUGGUGAUAUCAAGCGGGUGCAGCAAGGCGCGUUUAGUAGUAUGUCUGCAACGCUACUUGCUUUAGGUCUACCCAAUAAUCAAUUACCUUCAGUGCCUACUGAGGCGUUGACUUACUUAACCUAUUUGGAUCGUCUCGAUCUUUCUAAUAAUAAAAUACAUAUUUUGGAUUCGAAUUCGUUCAAGGGUAUCCGAAACCUAACCUACCUGGACAUGAGCGACAAUCAGCUAACGAGCAUAUCGCCGGGAGCUUUCGAGCCCCUAUCAAAGCUAUCUGUUUUGCGGCUCAGGGGCAACUUACUGAAAGUGUCGGCUCUGAACGCUUUGAAGGAGGCGCAUAUACUAAAGGAACUCGAUGUAUCGAGUAACGCUCUCGAAGGGCCGGUCGGACCAUCCACAGUUCCCGCUCUCAGCUUUUUGGAAACCCUACACUUGUCUGAUAAUACCUUUGCGAGUAUUCGACGAGGAGCUUUAGCAGGUCUCACAAACCUCACGCAUUUAAAUCUUCACAACAAUCAAAUCGACGUAUUAGAAGACUACGCCUUUAAGCAUCUCACAAAUCUGACGCACCUGGAUUUAUCUCAUAACGAGAUUGUGGCCGUUUCAGGAGCAUCAUUAGCGCAACUAUUAAACUUGGCGCAUUUGGAUCUCUCGCAUAACUUUCUGCGGUCUCUCUCAGCUGAACCUCUGAAGGCUCUCAAUCAUCUCACUGAUCUUCUCCUACAUGACAACGAUAUAUCGAUGAUUGAAGAUGGAGCCCUUGUACAGCACAAGGACUUGCGUCGGUUUGCUAUUGAAGAUAAUCCACUUAAUUGCGAUUGCUUAAUGGCUGGCUUUGCGAGGUGGUUGCGGGAGGCAAAAAACCUGCCUCAAUCAGAUAAAUCAGCAGCCGUUUGUGCCACGCCACCUCAUUUAGAGGGAGCAUUAAUUUCUCGACUAUCGAAAAACAAACUCUGCGACGACGAACAUGUUGAUACCAAAGUAAUUGAUGAAGUUAAUUAUGAUUACAACAAAGUUAUUGAGAACACUAUCGACGACGAUAAGGUCGAACCUAUCGAUGAUUUAUAUGGAGAUAAGACUGACGGUUUAGAUGAUGAAAUAUAUGAUGAAGAAUUGGAAGUACCAGCUGAAGAAGAUUUACCUAUUUCGAAAUCAAAGGUCCGGUUGGUAGAUUCCUGGUAUGAUGACGAGGAAGUACAUUUGUCAUGGAGUUUGGAACCACCUUCAACUCAUCGGUACAGGUGUACUGGUGUGACUGCAUCUAAAAGUGGUGGUCUACCUAAGCACGUAGCCUGCCAUAGAGCAAGUCCUUCAAAUAUUAUUUUGAGAGGUUUAAAAAUUGACCCCAUAGAAAAAUACACAUUCUGCAUCGCAUUAGAGGAGAUGGACAGUAAAGAUGUUCCCAUGGCUCUAGUUUUAGGUUGUGGGCCACCACAGCUUGUGAGACAACGAGCUGACUAUAUGACUGUCAGACCUUCGCCGGCUACAGUUCCUGAUCGAGAAUUUUUGAGAGUCUCUGAAGUUAGAUCAAACGUAACCAGCGCAGGUCUUCUGACGGUCUUGGUUUCAGUUAUGGGAUAUCCGUCUUCAAAACCGCUGUACGUUUUACCAAGAUCCCAAAGAGUAUCAACGACGGACACUCGAUUUCCAACGUUACAUAAUUGUUAUGUAGUUUUAGCAGUUCUGUCCAGAGGAUCUUUAGUAGCACAAAAAGACACUCCAUGUAAGGAAACGUUAGAAAUAUCUAUGGAAGGCUUUAUCCGUGGUCCUUACGAGUGCAAAGUGUUCACGCGAUGUCAGCUAACUCGCGAACUGAUGAAAAACAAUUUUCCGAAGACUUUCCUUAGUAACUGGGUAUGUUUAGUGGAACAAGAGAGUGACAAGAACACUUCUGUUCAUACAGUGAAGACGCCGAGGAAGCAAUAUUACGGCUUGUUCCAAAUAGGAAGCGAAUGGUGUAAGGAAGGCCGUAAAGGCGGUAAAUGUAACAUAGCAUGUGAAUCUCUAUUGGAUGAUGAUAUAAGAGAUGACUGCGUCUGCGCAUCACAAGUCUUUGAGGAAGAGGGCUUCAAGUACUGGUCAAAAUGGGAGGCCAGGUGCAAAGGACAAAGACUACCAGAUAUUCAAAAGUGUCCAGACUGGCAAUAUCCUCCUCCUGACAGACGAGCGUCUCCUGACAGAUUUAAGAGAUCGGCAACUAGGGAUAGGAGGUCCACGGUUAGAUUAACGGCGGAUCCCUACCAAAUAAUCUUUAAAACAGAGAGGGCGGGGUGAAUAGAACCGUACUAGCUUUUGUUGUAUAAGUGAUAAGUGUGGGUAAAAUGUUAAGUUUAGUAAAUAUUUACAAAAA